AUGUUGUCGGACGCCCGGCGGCGCCGGGUUGAAAGCACUGCAUUCAAGGCACAGGUUGACGCGCCGACGGUAUGGUUAAGCUUGAUGGUAAACGUUGAGGAGGCGAUAGAUAUGCGAGCGGGUCGAGCCAAGCGUCAACGAGCCGACGAAGACGGAGGACAAGAAAGACGGUGGUCCAUCUAUUGCACUGCAAUCGCGAUCGAACCGCCCGUGAAUCGGAUCGGCAUUUUACAACAGUCAUUGCACAGCACAACGUCGGUGAACAGCAACCCCCCGGUUAGUCAUCGGAAAACGGUUUUUUUCUUCAACCGCCGCACUACGGAGUAUGUACGGAGGCCCCCUGUCCAAUGCAACGGCAGAGCCACCAAGAAUGUUCAAAGCGAAAUUGGUCAACAACGGCCGGAUCUUGGCGCUCGGUGCACAUGUGCACCGCUAACGCUCGGCACAAUAUAUUUUGCGGUGCAGACAAGUUCCUUGCUCAGCAAAGCACCUCGUUUUCACGCAAUUCCUCAUGCAUUCACGUCAGCUUUCUUUCUAGCCGGUUGGUACCUUCAAUUUUCCAUGCUCUCCUUCAUCAACAAGACAAUUUUUAAUUUUGGUGCUAGGGGCAUGGGAGAUCUGUAUUCUGUACUACUGGCCCGUCGCAAUUUUCUGUACCUGUCCGUAUCCUAUGCAAGCGUAAAGAGAGAAACCAAAACAGGCCUGUCGAAGAGUGGAUGGAUCUGUAUUCUGUACCACCACGUCCGAAGGCGGCCGUGCGGCCGUGUAUGCACGGCAGACGAGACCGAGACCAAAAUAAACUAUAGGAAAAAAGAAAAGAAGCCAGGCCUAACGAAGCGCGACGGAUCUGUAUUCUGUACCAUCACGUCCGCAGGCGAGACGAGGCCGACGAAGGGAGAGGCGGCGGUGAUAUGGGAGCAGGAGCGCGAAGGACGCGAGCGCAUUGCAGGACGGAAGAUUGAGCGAAGGACCAUGAAGGGCGGAGGAAUGGGCAAACUUGAGCGCAAGGAGAUACCAGAGGAAUGGACGAGCUUGAAGCAAGAAAGUACCAGGAAUGAGGAAAUUUGAGGACAAGGGGAUACCAGGAAUAGACGAGCUUGAAGCAAGAAGGUGUCAGGAACGGACGAGCUUGAGGAGCAAAGAGGUCGCUAGGAGGAUAGGGGAGAGCCGCGGACGAAAGUGGGAUUUUUGAAGACAUUAUGGGACGAUGAGUGGACUGUUCGCCGUGAGGGAGUCAGCAUCCUCUAAACAAGUCGGUAUCAAUCCCAAGCAAGACCUACCCAAUGGAUACCGCUCCAAGGCGACGCCCUACCCCAUCGGGUAGUCGUCAUGCCACCGGAAUUAAUUAAUCCGAGACAAGAUUUGACGGUAGAUCCUAAUCAUGGCCAGUCAAGGACGGGUAGUCGCUUGGGGGAGUCCACUAGGAGCCAUGGACUUUGGACGGAGACGAAUGUGACGACAGAUGACGAACAACCUGGAAUGGAUGACG